AUGUCUGUGUUCCAGGGCAAUCUAGGUUUGGUACUGAACGAGUCGGUAAGCACAGCAAACUUGCAACCGAUCGAAGUUGUACCAGUUGUGGCGGCUGGUAUUGUAUUCGGAAUAUUAGUUAUCAUCGGUUUCAUUGCCACUACUAUUUUCAUCGCUGUCCUCAUCAGAGGAAGAAAGAAAUUUGCUGAGUUUCCGUUCUUUGUGCUCGUUUGGCAUAUGACAGUGGCGAAUGCAAUUCAUAUGGUGAUGGUCAUCUCAACAAUACUGCCCAUUAUGCUCAUUGAGGUCGGUGUUCUUUCAAGAGAUUGCUAA